AACAUUGUCUGACCCUGAACUUCUGUGAACUCCUCCUUCCCCUUCCUCGCUCAGAUAUGUAGUGGCUUGAGACCAGUGAGAGCAAAAUGGUUCUCUCGAAAAGACGGGGAAAAUCAGGCUUCCUUAAGCCAGACUCAGUAUCGAUAGAAUGAAAAAAUUUAAGAGAAGACUUUCCUUAACCUUGCGAGGAAGCCAGACCAUCGAUGAAUCGCUGUCUGAGCUAGCAGAACAAAUGACAAUUGAAGAAAACAGCAGCAAAGAUAACGGUGUGAGUAAUAAUGGAAGGAUCAGCUACGGUAAAGUGCAGCCUAUUGUGAAGAAUGGCAGGCCUCCAACGUCUCACAGCAUGCACUCAUUUCUCCACCAGUACACGGGGUCUUUCAAGAAGCCCCCUUUGCGGAGACCACACAGCGUCAUCGGGGGCAGCCUCGGCUCUUUCAUGGCAAUGCCCAGAAAUGGGAGCAGAUUAGAUAUUGUUCAUGAAAAUUUGAAAAUGGGAUCGGAUGGGGAAAGUGAUCAAGCUUCUGGAACGUCAUCUGAUGAGGUUCAGUCUCCCACAGGAGUUUGUCUCAGAAACCGGAUACACAGACGAAUCUCAAUGGAGGAUUUGAACAAGCGCUUGUCGCUGCCCGCUGACAUCAGGAUCCCCGAUGGCUACCUGGAGAAGCUGCAGAUCAACAGCCCGCCCUUUGACCAGCCCAUGAGUCGGCGUUCUCGUCGGGCGUCCCUGUCAGAAAUUGGAUUUGGAAAAAUGGAAACCUAUAUCAAGUUAGAAAAGCUUGGAGAGGGUACCUAUGCCACAGUUUAUAAGGGGAGAAGUAAAUUGACAGAGAAUCUGGUAGCUCUGAAAGAAAUCCGCCUGGAACACGAGGAGGGAGCACCAUGCACAGCCAUAAGAGAAGUGUCAUUGUUAAAAGAUCUGAAACAUGCAAAUAUUGUUACAUUGCAUGAUAUUGUGCACACAGACAAGUCUUUGACUCUUGUUUUUGAAUACCUGGACAAGGACCUGAAGCAGUACAUGGAUGACUGUGGUAACAUCAUGAGUAUGCACAAUGUAAAGCUAUUUUUAUAUCAGAUUCUUCGUGGUUUGGCCUACUGUCAUAGGAGAAAGGUGUUGCAUCGAGAUUUGAAGCCGCAAAAUCUACUAAUUAAUGAGAAAGGAGAACUGAAGCUUGCAGACUUUGGAUUGGCAAGAGCGAAGUCUGUUCCUACAAAGACUUAUUCCAAUGAAGUUGUCACAUUAUGGUACAGACCACCUGAUGUUCUCCUUGGAUCUUCAGAGUAUUCAACUCAAAUUGACAUGUGGGGCGUCGGAUGCAUAUUUUUUGAAAUGGCAUCAGGAAGGCCUCUUUUUCCUGGUUCAACUGUUGAAGAUGAACUGCACUUAAUCUUCAGACUUCUUGGAACUCCAUGUCAGGAAACAUGGCCAGGCAUUUCUUCCAGUGAUGAAUUUAGAAACUACAACUUUCCUAAGUAUAAACCACAACCUCUCAUCAACCAUGCACCAAGGCUAGACACGGAAGGAAUUGAAUUGAUAGCGAAGUUCCUUCAAUAUGAAUCAAAGAAGAGAAUUUCAGCAGAAGAGGCCAUGAAACAUGCAUACUUCAGAAGUCUUGGAACAAGAAUACACACUCUGCCUGAAAGUGUUUCAAUAUUCAGUCUAAAAGAGAUUCAAUUGCAAAAAGACCCUGGCUUUCGAAAUUCCACUUACCCAGAGACCGGACAUGGGAAGAACAGAAGGCAGAGCAUGCUUUUCUAAAGGGGGCAGUGCAGAGUCAAGCCCAAGCCUAUCCUGUCAAUCAAGGACUCGGAUCCAAAGGCAGUGCUUUCUGUUGGUGGACUUGGAAUCGCAGUUUGUCUACACUGUCCUCUUAACAGUGGAGUCUUUUUAUUUCCAACCUGCAAAUUAUGUUUUUAUAUUUGUUGUCACAGUGUGACAAUUUUUUGUACAGUUGGUUUUAAGGUCUCCUCUGCCACUAGAGCCAGUAGGUUACAGCUGUUGAUGUAACUGUAGCUGCAAUUUUUGUGCAGGACUGAGAAACACAGUGCAUUAUUUAUUGCGGAAUCAUUGCUGCUAAAUAACUACUGUCUGUAUAGUUAACACAACAGUUCCAUGCCUGAAGAAGUUGCAAUGGCUUUAUGAUAUGUGAAUGCAUCUGUUUCUCUUGAUAAAAUGUUCUACUGCUGCGGGGUUUUUUUGUAUUUCUUAAACUGCAGUGUUUCCUGGAAUGUAAACAUAGCUUUGCUUGGCUAUAGGUGAGCCAUCUUUAAUGCUCUAAGUUCUUGGCACUUAAUUCCUUAUUUAACAUUGGAAGUAUGUGUUGAAAUAGUUGAAAAAUUAUAAUGCAUAUUAUGUUUUUGAAAAGCACAUGGUGUGAAGGUUGAUUCAAACAAGUGAAAAGUAACUUUGAUUUGCUCUCAGAUCCUAUGUUAGUUAUUGAUAAAUUAGAGCAUGGAGGCUGGACGUUUUGUCAGGCUUACUCCAGCAUAACAUAUUUGCACAUUGUUGUGCAUAUGGGGCCUGCAGAAACAAUAACUUUUUUACCUUGUUUUUAACUUAGAAAUACAAAUAGUAAAAGGACAAUUCAUAUAUGUUGGACCCUGGCUUACUUUUCAUUACAGAGGAACAGGACAACUAAUGACACAAACAUGGGAAUAAUGGCACACUUUUCCCACUUUGUUCCUCUCCCAUUUGUGCAUUAUUCACUUGAAAUCAACUGGAAAGAUGCAAGUUUGUACUUGAGAAGAACUCACUAUGCUACAGAGCUUUUACAAGGGGAACUUAGAGAGUUUUUCAGAUCUUAGAUGUUACCUGUUUUCCAGAGAUAGUAAACAUACUACUACUAUGCUUAUGCAUCUCAGUGAGUAUCAUAAGUACACCCUUGGUGAUGGUCACAGUAUUUUUAAGCAUUUGUGUUCACCUUUAUGAACCUAUUUGUUUAGUGCAUCUUAAAGAGACUGUAAAUCUUUAUUGGUAUAUUUUGAAAUGGUCAUGUAAAUCUUUGGCUGGUAUAUCAUGAAAAUAGUCAUAGGUAACUUAAUUUUUCCUGACAUUCACUGUAAAACGUUCAGGGGUCCUACCAUUUCUGUUCAGGAAAUCUUGUAGUUUAUUGUUAUUUAACAGUAUUAAGUGAAUUUUUGUAUAUUUCAUUUUAACUUUAUUUGUGAAUAGUGAUUGUGGCAUGUUUGGGGGUGUUUUAUUAAUAUUUCAUUGAUACUAGUAAAUUUGAAUUGGGAUUUUUUUUUUAAUUUUAUUUUCUGGAAGAGAGAAUUUCAUGUGUAACGGUGACUAUUGGACCACUACUGCUUUUCAGCAUUUGUAAACCGGUUUUACGUUAAAUCUUGUAGACCUAACAAACUGCUGUUAUUUCUAACUGACCGACCUGUAUUAAUAUUGUACUUUUGAAAGUAUAAAUAUUAUGUGGAAUUCUUUGGUUUUGUUUUGAAAUUUAUAAUAACAAAAGCCCUGUGUUGUUAAAAAUA